AUGAAGAGGAAGAGGUUGGACUGUGCGAAAAAGUAUUCUGACUGGACUUCACAAGACUGGUCAAAGGUUAAGAAGUACCUGGCAGAAAAACAACUCCAAUUGCUCGACAGGCCUGGAAACAGUGCGGACAUGAAUCCCAUAGAGAAUGUGUGGAAGAUGCUGAAAGAUAAGAUGCAUGAAUGCAGGAUCACAGCCAAGCAACAUCUUAUUGAACGCCUUCUACAUAGUAAAUGCUCUUACAUCUGGAAUUUAACAGAUAAUUACAGAACUGCAAGACUGAAGCUUCCAGUUGCCGAAAGACACUCAGAUUUGCAGACAGCAGAAGAUGAAGAAGAUGAUGAAAUUCCAAAAAGGACAAAAAGAAGGAAAAUAGCAAACACAAGAUUUGAUAGUGAUAGUGACGGUGAUGUCUGUAGCAAACCCAAAAGCCAUCUACCUCCACCACCCAAGAUAACCCCUCCUCAAAAAUUUUCAAAAUCAACCACCAAGAUGUCUGCUGACCUUGGAGAACUUGGACAAAAUGCAAAAUCAAUGUGCAGGAUGCAUCAAUCUGACAGUGUUCAGCUACAUUCUGAAUGUAGGUCCACUGAAUGUGGAAGAUGCACUCAAGAAAUGAAAAGCCUGAGAAAUGAUUACAAAAAUCAAAGUGCAUCUACAGUGGAAGAGCACCUAACCCCAGAGUGUGUGGAAAUUGCAAAUACUGCAUUUAGACACUGGUCUACCUCACAACAAAAUGGACCAAAUCAAGACAUUUAUGGCCCCAUUCUUCGAAACAUUCUGGUUAAGCAGGAGAUGAUGAUGGAGCAAGUCAAAGUGAUUUUAAAAACCGUACAAGACCUACAUGAGAAAUGCUGUAGUGACAGUGGUUCAGAUCCAGUGCUGGAAAAAGACAUUCUUCCACUUCAAGAUCUCACAUCCAUGCAACAGCUUGAAAGUGACCUAGCAGUUGGUGGAGAUUUAAAAAAAAAACUAGUAAGGAAGAACUUUUUUAAUAACAACUGAAACAUAUACCUUCAAACAACGACAGGCUUCAAGUUGUAUUGCCUUAAAU